AUGUGGGCCUUGCUGGCCGCCGUCCGCCCCGGGCUCCGGCUCUUCCGCGUGGGCCGUGGCCUCCAGACUCCGCACCCCGUGCCACCCUGGCCGCCCUGUUCCGUCCGCGCGCUCGUCGCCGCCGGCCGCUGGGACCCAGGGAACCGACGACUGGGCGGUGUGGAUGGCCGGGGGUGCGGCGAGCGGCCGGAAGAUGACCAGGAAGAGGAGGAGGAGGAAAAGGAUGAGGCGGAACUACUGAGCCACCAGCCGUUGCUUCUCGCCGGUGCCCAGCGCGUGUGCGUCCUGCAUCCUGACGUCAAGGGCGGAACCAGCCAUCGGUCGUCAGCCGAGUGGCAAGUGGCUGAGGCGGCCGCUCUGGUGCACACAUUGCACGGCUGGUCUGUGGUGCACACCAUGGUGGUUGCCACACGGACUCCCGGCAGGAAGCUCAUCUUCGGCAAGGGGAACUUGGCGCAAGUCACAGAGACAAUCAGAGCGCAUCCAGAAAUCACCUCCGUCUUUCUAAAUGUAGAACAGAUGUCAUCAGCGACCAAGAUGGAGCUGGAGGCAGCCUGGGGUGUGGAGGUGUUCGACAGAUUCACCCUCGUUCUGCACAUUUUCCGCCAUAAUGCCCAGACCAGGGAGGCCCGGCUGCAGGUAGCGCUGGCUGAGAUCCCCCUCCUCAGGUCGUCCCUGAAAAGCAGCUCUGCCUGCCAAGACCAACCAGGAAGGGGCUCCCGGUACAUCAUGGGCUCAGGGGAAUCCUUUGUGCAGCUGCAGCAGCGAGUGUUGAAGGAGAGAGAGGCCAAGAUCAAGAGGGCGCUGGAGAGGCUAUGCAGGAAGCGGGGCCUGCUGCGGAGAGAGCGGGCCAGGCGGGAGCUGCCGGUGGUAUCUGUGGUGGGCUACACCAACUGUGGGAAAACCACGCUGAUCAAGGCUCUGACGGGUGAUGCCGCCAUUGAGCCCCGAGACCAGCUGUUUGCCACUCUGGACGUCACGGCACACAUGGGGACGCUGCCCUCACGCAUGGCCAUCCUGUACGUGGACACUAUCGGCUUCCUGUCACAGCUGCCCCACGGCCUGAUCCAGUCCUUCUCCGCCACGCUGGAGGAUGUGGUGCACUCGGAUGUUAUCAUUCACGUGCGGGAUGUGAGCCACCCCGACAGUGAGCUGCAGAAAGCCAGUGUCCUGUCCACCCUGUGUGGCCUGCACCUGCCCAGCACGCUCUUGGACUCCAUGGUGGAAGUCCACAACAAAGUGGACCUGGUGCCUGGGUACAGCCCCCCAGGUUCACGUGUCCUGGCCGUGUCCGCCCUCUUGGGGUGUGGGCUGGACCAGCUGAAGGCCGCACUGGAGGCUGCAGUUUUGAAGGCCACAGGCCGACAGGUCAUGACCCUGCGCAUCAGGCUGGCAGGGCCACAGCUCAGCUGGCUGUACAAAGAGGCUGCAGUGCAGCAGGUGGAUGUGGUUCCUGAGGCUGGGGAGGCCCACGUGACAGUCAUCAUGAGUCAGGCAGCCUACGGCAAGUUCAGGAAGCUCUUCCCUGAUUGAGGACCCUGCUCUGGCUGGAACACUACUGACUUUGAACAGAGGGGUGUGGGGGCCUCUGCCUGAAUCACCUGAUGCCCCUGCCUGAGACUGCACACAUGGUGGACCGUGGAACCCUGACACAUGGAUCAGCCACGCAUGGUGUGAGCUCAUGCACAUAGGUCAUUAAAGCUCAUUGGUGUGCACGGCUGUGA